GUAUUUUACUCGAGUAUUUCCUGUACGUGCUGGUCCCAAAAUCAACCAAUCACGACUCUGCGUGCCGACCAAUCAGAUGACAGACGGCGUCCUCUUCCUGUUUGGUCAGGGGGAUCAUCGGGCAAUCCCACGGACGAAGAUCAUGGGAGGUAUCAAACAGGAGCAGAGUGAUGCUUCACAGCAGCCCAAACCUUCACACUCAGCAGAUCAGCCACAGGAUGAGCCAAAGAAGAGAGGCUGGCCGAAGGGAAAGAAAAGAAAGAAGGUGCUCCCAAAUGGUCCCAAGGCUCCAGUAACGGGAUAUGUCCGCUUCCUGAACGAACGACGAGAACAUAUGCGGGCCCGAUACCCUGACUUACCUUUCCCAGAAAUCACCAAGAGACUUGGAGCAGAGUGGACACGAUUAGCCCAGAAUGACAAACAGCGCUACCUGGACGAGGCGGAGCGGGAGAAGAUGCAGUAUGCUCAGGAACUGAAGGAAUAUCAGCAGACCGAGGCCUUUCAGAUCACCACUGCUAAGAUACAAGACAAGAGGAUCAAGAAAGAAGACACUCCAUCUGUCAUCAUCAGUACUAGUUCAGAGCCAUCUUUAUCAAAGGCUUCUGACCUCUCAAACAGAUUUGACAUCCCCAUCUUCACAGAGGAGUUCCUCGAUCAGAACAAAGCUCGAGAGGCUGAGUUACGACGGCUUCGUAAGGCCAACAUAGAGUUUGAAGAGCAGAACGCAGUGCUCCAGCGGCACAUUAAGGACAUGUACAACGCUAAAGAGCGGCUGGAGGCUGAACUGGGGCUGGACGAGAAGCGCACGCAGGCUCUUCACCAACACUUGCUGGCCAUUAAGCACACGUUGGUCAACAGUUUGUCAUCAGUCCCCCUGCCAGGUACAGGUGAGACACCAUCUCUUGGGAACCUGGACUCAUACCUGAGUCGCCUCAAUGGAGCGUUAGAGGGAAACCCUCACAAGCACCGUGCUCUGCUCACCCAGCUUUGCGAAGUUCUCUCUCAUCUGGACAGUGAGAAGUUAUGAGGAGACUCCAGCUGGAGACCUUUUCAUUCUCGCACCAGAGGGAACACAUGACAGGCCCUGUGCCAUGUGCCACAGAGCAUGUGGGUAUCUCAAGGAUAGUAAAGGCAAGGGUACAAACACUUUAAGAGCGGCCACGUCUACUAUGCUUCUGUAUUCUGUAGAAUAUGUGUAUUCAUACACAUGAGUUUUUGUGAAUGUAAAUUUGUGUGGCGGUGUUGAGGAUUUUUACAGUUCAGGAAUUUCAUCAAAUGUAAUUUUAUCUUAUAAGCUGCUUUAAUUAUUAGAUUAAGAUUGGCCUUAACCCUAUUGUGUAGUAUCAGUAAUUACUACAGGCCCAUGACCUGUCCAAAAAGAUGAGCCUAAUUCUUAGUUUACAACGAAUGCCAUGUGGCAUUUGGUGGUACGUAGUGUUAUUUAGAGUGCAUGGAGAAAAAAAAAACUGGAAAUGUUGAAAAUGAAAUGUUUGAAUUUACAUUGAUAAUGGCAGGCUAUUGAAUAGACACGCAGUUUCACAUGUUGUAAGAAUAUUAUAUAUUUGUGAAGUAUAUUUGUAUUUUCUGAAAUGUUCAUUAAACCAUACUGAAAAUAUUUCCAACAAAA